GCAAGGGGAAAGAUUUGGUCUACCUACAGAGCGAAGGGGAGAAGACAAACUACAUGAAAAUGAUUUCAAAUAUCCCAUUUUGCUGUUUAACUGCACUUGUACUUCUGAACUUGGUAGGAGCCAACCCCAUGUCAAACCUACAGGUAAGCUAGUGCUUCAUGGGCCAAAGUCUCUUGAUCAUUGCUAUUUUGCUGUUCUUCUUAUUCCACCAAUUCAUAUAUAUAUAUAUAUAUAUAUAUAUAUUAUUGUAAAUGAUGGAAGACUGUUUCAAGUGGCUUUAAGUGACAUUGAGGUUAAUAAUUCCAUGGUUUCUCUCCGUUAGAGCUUGAAACAGCUUCUGGAGGAGGAGAGUCAUGUACCAUAUUACACGUCGGAGGAGAUGGGGGUGGAUGGGAAAGACUUCAUUACAGAGAACACCGCGGAAGAGGUGCCUCCUUGGGACUCCGAAGAUGCAAGGGAUCCCGCGCUGACGGGAAAGGAGAACGCAAUUGCGCGUCUUCUCAAUGACAUUAUGACGACCCCCAAGCGCUCGUGGAGCCGGUUCAAGAAGGGUGGACUGAGAAGCUGCUUCGGCGUCAGGCUAGAGCGAAUUGGGUCAUUCAGUGGGCUUGGAUGCUAAAGGACAGGUAUGGUUAUCCUCUGCGUCAAUCCAACCGAAUGAAAUUCUCCACUCAAGCUGUAGCCACAGUAUGAUGGAGUUGAAUUUAUAUUAUAAUGUGUUUAUUUGAACUAUCAAAUAAAUGCAAUAUUGUUUCUCAAGACCGGCUCUAUGUUUUGUGUUGUUUCUGCAGGGUUUGGGCUGUUGAUCAGAGCACAAGAAACGACCCUUACUUGAACUCUUCGAGAAGGAUGAACCUCAUCACCUCAGAAAGUAUCGACUGAGAGUUUACAAUGGCGUUUGUGAUGAGAUGUAUUUAAAUUUGUGGUUCGCAUUUGGCAUAUUUAAAUUGUUAUUAUUUUAGAACUGACGAAUUUUCAUUUUUGGCUCUUGCUAUAAUAUACUAUUGUUGAAUGUAUUUAUCUAUUUAUUUUGUUGUAAGAAAAAGAACGUGCAGACUUGCGAUAGAUUGUAG